UAAGGAUUGUUGUUAGGUGUACGUUAAAUUUGUGUAUAAUGUUUAUUAAAUGUAAUUGAACUUUUUAAUCGAAUGAAAUAGAAAUUUAUUAUUAUUAAAUAUUUCAAGCAUUUUCUUUAUAAAUGAUGAGUAUUAGAAAUGCGUUGAUGCGAUGCAUCGAUUUAAAAUGUACUGGCAAUGGUACUUGAAGUAGAACCACUCGCAAGCUUGUUGUGAAGACAUUUAUGAAAGUGAUAAAGGAAACAAAAUUUUGUAUAGUAAUUGAUUUUCAAAAAAUUCCAUAAAUAGCAAUAGAUCUCUAAAAUUAUUCAAACAGAGCAUGCAUUUCUGGAUUAAUAAACCGGCGGGCAGGUAUUACGGUUUUACUGGCCGCCGAUACCCCGCCACACCUUUACCAAAGACACGCUUCAAUCAAUGUAGAUACAAUGCAGAUUUGAGACAAAUGGUUACUUCACUUCAUCGAUUCCAAAAUUUGAAUGCUAUGGGAAAUAUAGCUAGUUCUAGUAAUAUGAAUAGUUGCAGAGUGAUAAGAACAACAAUAAGACCAAACAAUGAAAUACAAAACAAUUUUCCAGUUGGCUCUACUCAACAUUCCCAGCUAAACAACAUCUCCAACAAUGUAACAACUGCUGGAAAUAAUCAAUUAAUAUUGUCAAAUACUACACCAAAUGUAACAAAUAGAAGUCUUCUAGAUUUUUCUGAAUUUAAUGAUGCAGAACUUGCAAGUUAUAAAUUACGAUGUGGUGUUUGGAUAACAUUUGUAUUUGCAACAGGAUUUGUUGCUGCUGCAAGAUUUUAUUUUGGUGAUAGAGAUCAAAGUAUAGAAAUAUUUGUAUUUUGGGGUCUAUUAACAUUAUCAUUAUUUGCAUGUUUAUUCUCUAUUUUGUAUUGUCGAAAUCAACGCAACAAUCAUCAAGAGCAUCAAAUUCAAGAAGAGCAUAUUGCAUCUGUAACUGCUACAACUACAAUGGCCAAUGAAAAUAUUAGAUCUAUUUCUACAGUAAGACAGAAUCCACCACCACCUUAUCAUAUUGCUAUUUUGAUUCCACCAAAUAAUUCAUCAGAUGAAGCUCCACCACCGUCUUACGACAAGGUUAUGCGAUAA